AAAAAAAAAAAAAAAAGAUUUAAAGGAAAUCUGAGAAAUUAGAGCAUUGUUUGGGAUAUAAGUAUUAGUUGUUUGCUUUUCUGAAAAUAAUAUAGUCAGGGCAAUUAGUAUAUAUAAACUAAAGUUAGCGAAGACAUUGAGUGUGUUACGCCUAUUCAGGUCACAAUAACAUUCAACCCUCCAGAGAAGGCAACAGUUUUUUUUUUUUAAUAAUGAUCAUGAUAUUAUGUUAUUUCAGAGUACUUUAUGACUAGAAAAUGAUACUUAAAUCUUUUCAAGUGUAACAUUUUAAUAAGGUGAAACAAGAGGGUCAGCUUGUUUUUUAGCCUCAACUAAUUGACACAGCUCUCCUAAUGAAAUUUUGGAUAUCACAACUAAAAACCUAGAAGAGAAUCUUGGUAAUAACAAUACUCAGGUUUUUAGUUCCCACAUAAUUAUUUUGGAAUAAUAUGACACACUUUGUCUAAGGGAGAGAUUAUUUUAGACAAACUAUUGAGAUCUGUGGACCCAGAAAAAAACAGGCACAUUCAUGUGACUUUAAGUAUAAUUUUCAGGACUUCAGAGACGACCUGAGACCAUCUGUGAUUUACAUGCAUUAGACUCCAGUUGAAAACUUCAGCCAGGUUGAAAACUUAGUUUCAGUGCUCAACGUAGAGACUACUUUUCUUUUUCUUAACAGGGUGAAUUUGGUCUCCAAAGUAAGGUAAAAGUAAGACUUACCUUAGUUAUAAAUUGUCAGCUAGCUAUUAAUUCUUUAUCAUCAUAAAGACAGCUCAGUCCUUCCUUAGAAGAAAUUGCCACAUGAAUAGAAGGAAAAGAUGUUUUUCUAAGACUCUUCCUCUUUCCUUGGAUUUCAUUUGUGUGUUUGGGCCAAACCAUAUGCUUGACUUGGAGAUAAAAUGCUUAUAGGUCAGUACUGUUCAGAGUGCAGGACACUGGUAUAUGGUGCUGUCACAGGGCUGUUUCUACCAGAAACCCUAGGGAAGAAGAACUUGGCUUAGAAAUUCCAUUUGUUCCAGAAAAGGCUUAGUGCCCCUUUUCGUGUUUCCCUGUGAUGAUCCUGUGGCCUCUCUACCACAUGUGUAGUAGUUAUACUCAGCUAAGCUAGAGAUAUUUAUUUACCUAGUACAAAGGAGCCUGAAUCCUGUAUUCUCUGGGGUCAUUUUAGCAUUUGCUUGUGGUCUCAAUGAGUGUCUGCUUUUCCUCCUGCACUGUAAAUUCUCAUUCUGGUCAAAUAAUUCUGAGAAGGAAGAAUGGAACAAAUUGCAUUUGACCUAAAAUUGAGAAUGGAAAUAUCUUGAGUAGUUACAGAUUUUGUGUAAACCUUCUCAGCUGCUUGUCUUUACUGAGCACUUACUCUGAGCUAGGUGCUGUGGGAAAUUACUCGAGAUUACAGAGUUGAACAUGAGCCUUCUAGCACUAAUAAGACAUCUUAAUGGAGUGGAGUUGGGGUGAUGCAGUAGGAAGAGUAGGAACUUGAUUAUGAAGCAAACAGAUCCUCACUCUGUGAACUUGGACAAAUUAACUUCUUUCUGGACCUCAGUUUCUGUCCAUCUUUAAAAGGGAGCCUAGGAGAUAUGUUCGUAAAGACCCUAGCAGACUGCCUGAUCAUAGAAGGUAUUCAGUAUAUGGUAAAUUAUUAAGGAAGGCUUUGGUAGAUUCCCUUCUGGUAGGUCUUCUAAAUCCAUGAUACGAUUAGGGUGGAAAAUGAGCCCAAAUAGUUUUUUUUUUUUUUUUUUUGUCUUUUUAGGUCCGCACCAGCGGCAUAUGGCGGUUCUGAGGCUAGGAGUCGAAUUGGAUUUGUUGCUGCCGGCCUAUGCCACAGCCAUAGCAACACGGGAUCCGAGCUGCAUCUGCGAGCUAUGCCACAGCUCAAGGCAACUCUGGAUUCUUAACCCACUGACCGAGGCCAGGGAUUGAACCUGUGUCCUCAUGGGUGCUAGUCAGAUUCAUUUCCGCUGAGGCACGAGGAGAACUCCUUGAGACCAUUCUAGAUCAGUGGUCUCUAAACUUUUAUUCCACUGUAUGGUUAUUUAGUCAUUUUUUAAACUAUUUCCCUACUUAUAGAUGGUAUGUUUAUUUUCAGCUUUUGCUGCUUUAAGUAAUGAGGCAGCGACUAUCCCUCCCCCUUUGUAAGUAUGCUUAUAGUAAAAUAGGGACUUGUUUAAUCAAAGGGUAUAUUAUAUUUAAAAUUUUAAUAGAUAUUGCCAAAUUCUUUUAUCCAUGAAGAUUCUGAUUCAGUGAUUCUGGGGUGGAACCAAGCAAUCUGUAUUUUUAACAAGUUCCCUAAGUGAUUUUGAUGCAGCCAUGUUUGAGAACUAUUGCUGUUCAGAAAAAUGGCAAGAUUUCCUAAUGCUGAGGAGUGUGGUACCUCUGGAAAAGGUCAGACAAUGAUGGCUAUUUCGGGAGGAGUGAAAAUCCUUUCCAGUGACUGAGAAGUAAGAGCCUAUAUGCCUAUAUCAUCAAUUGCUCCGGGUAGCCCAUCUUUAGAGAAACAAGUGUUCUGAUAUUCAGCUGGAAUAUUUUUUCUCUUUGACAUGUAAUGUAGAAGAAGGAGCACUAGAAUUCUAAGGACUUGAGUCUGAACGUCUUCCCCUUACUAGCUGUAUAGCAUCUUGGGCAAAUAAAUUUGAAUCUUUCUAUAUAUAAUGGUAAUGACAGUAUUUUUGUUUUUAAAUAAUACAAUUGUAAAGAUUAGCAUGGUGACACAUUUAUCCUACUUGUACUCAGUAUUUCUAUUCAGUUUAACUUUCUCAAAUGCAUAGUAUAGCAAAUCUGCAUUGUCUGUAAGAAUAUAAGUGGUUAUUUCCUCCUGGGAGUGAUUUUUUUCUGUAUUUCCUUUGCUGAAUAUUCUGUCUUUGUCUUUCAUUUGGGGAGCUUUUUGAAGAUAGUUUAUAAUAGUUAGAGCAGGAUUUUGGCAGUGCCUUGGAAAUUUUGAUGACCAGUUAGAAGUAGUGUUUGUUUUCUUCUCUGGUCUUUAUCUUCAGUUCCCUCUUUCAUUAGCCAUUAGAUGGACCUCAUUGACUUAGAUAUUAUCACAUGUCAGGCGGCUAUUGGACUUCUGUAUUUUGUAGGGCAUGACCAUAUUGCUUAAGGCUGUAGAAAUAGUGGGGAAAAAAUGCCACCUAUAGAUAUUAUAUUCAUGUUGCUUUUUAUGGGGCUUUUUCAUUUGAGCAUUACAUUAUUAGGUUGUUUUGAAUAUUUCAUCAUAAGUUGAAUUUGGACGAAAGAGAAAAAUGUCCCCACCCUCUGUCCCUUAUGUCAUCAUAAAAUUCACAAAGUUGCAAAACAGGAAUAGCAUAUACCAAGAAGUGUAACAAAAGGAAGAAAUAUGUGGUUUUACUUAUUAUAGUUAUGUUGAACAAGGGAAUUUUCCAGGAACUUAAUUUUGUGUUUUAUUUUCCAGACUAAAUAUUUGCCACUUUUUAUAUAAAUUAGUUUAUUUUUAUUUAAUGUAUGUGUCUGUGUGUGUUUGUGUGAGAGUGAGUGAGAGAGAGAGGGAGGGGGAGAGAAAAAAAGAAGAGGAGAAAGAGGAGAGACAGAGUUGGGUUGGUUUCCUCACUCUCUCCUGCCUGGUAACGUUGAGGGGACGGGGUAGGCAGGUGUCAUCAUGGAUUCACUUAGGCAGGCAUAUGGAUCAGGCUGUGAUAUUGUUAUUUUGGCAAAUGACUUUGAAUGUGUGCAGAUCAUUCCUGGUGCUAAGCAUGGAAACAUCCAAGUCAGCUGUGUGGAGUGUUCUAACCAACAUGGAAGAAUUGCAGCUUCAUAUGGUAAUGCUGUUUGUAUUUUUGAGCCCUUGGGCAUAAAUUCUCAUAAGAGAAAUUGUCAACUCAAGUGUCAGUGGCUUAAAACUGGGCAGUUUUUUUUGAGUUCCGUGACAUACAACUUAGCAUGGGACCCUCAAGAUAACAGAUUGUUGACAGCAACUGAUUCUAUUCAGUUGUGGGCUCCUCCAGGAGGUGACAUUCUGGAAGAGGAGGAAGAAAUUGAUAAUAAAAUUCCUCCUGUUUUAAAUGAUUGGAAGUGCAUCUGGCAGUGCAAAACCUCAGUAUCUAUACAUUUGAUGGAAUGGUCCCCCGAUGGUGAAUACUUUGCUACUGCUGGAAAGGAUGAUUGUCUUUUGAAAGUAUGGUAUCCUAUGACUGGUUGGAAGUCUUCAAUUAUACCUCAGGAUCAUCAUGAAGUGAAAAGAAGACAAACAUCUACCCAAUUUUCCUUUGUUUAUUUGGCACAUCCCCGAGCUGUGACAGGUUUUUCAUGGCGUAAAACUAGCAAGUAUAUGCCCAGAGGUUCUGUCUGUAAUGUGUUACUAACUUCAUGCCAUGAUGGUGUCUGCCGGCUCUGGGCAGAAACCUUAUUACCAGAAGACUGUCUUUUGGGCGAACAGAUUUGUGAGACCACCACUUCCAGUGGUGCCAGCAACCUUACUCAUGCUGGAAAACACAAAGACAGAAUACAGCAUGCUCUUGAGACAAUACACCAUUUAAAAAAUUUAAGAAAAGGACAAAGGAGGUCUUCCGUUCUUGUAACUCACACUGAGUUAACACCUGAUCAGAUGGCAACGCAUGAAGUUCAAAGACAUAUUUCCCACCACGCAAAUGCUCUGUGUCAUUUUCACAUUGCAGCGAGCAUCAAUCCUGCCACAGAUAUUCCGAAUGUCUUGGUUGGCACUGUAUUUAACAUUGAUGAUGGAAACGGGGGCUUUGUAGUUCACUGGUUAAACAACAAAGAAUUUCAUUUUACAUCAUCUACUGAAAUAUUUAUGCAGCAAUUACGAAGACUUUCUGAAAAGCCAGUUGAUCAUGAAAGUGAUGAAGGAGAUAGAGAAUAUGAGGAACAUGCACAGGAAGAAAGAGAGAAGGGUUUACAUUUGAAACUAGACCAUGAAUUAUCCCUGGAUAGAGAAUCCGAGGCAGGUACCGGAUCAUCAGAACACGAAGAUGGAGAAAGAGAGGGAAGUCCUAGAACCUGUUCACGCCCUAGUGUACCAAUGCCACUGCCUACAGUCCUGCUUGAUCGGAAGAUCGAGAUGCUGCUAGCUGAAUGGAAUAAGAAUCCUGACAUGCUUUUUACCAUACACCCAGUAGAUGGUACCUUCCUAGUGUGGCAUGUAAAGUAUUUGGAUGAAUAUAAUCCUGGAAUAUUUAGACAAGUCCAGGUUUCUUUUUCUUCUCGGAUUCCUGUUGCGUUUCCAUCUGGUGAUGCAAGCUCUCUUAGUAAAAAUAUCAUGAUGUAUGCCUGUAUAAAUGCUACGAAAGAGUCUCACCACACUCUGUUACACCAGGACGUGAUGGCUGGAGGCAGUCCUCAUGGAUCACGGCCACUCUCUGGGUCACACAGCACAAAUGUGAACAUUUUGGCUCCCACAGUUAUGAUGGUCUCUAAACACAUAGAUGGCUCUUUAAAUCAGUGGGCAGUCACUUUUGCUGAUAAGUCAGCCUUUACUACUGUUCUAACUGUAUCUCACAAAUUUAGAUAUUGUGGUCAUCGAUUUCACCUUAAUGACCUGGCUUGUCAUUCAGUUUUACCGUUAUUAUUGACAUCAUCUCAUCAUAAUGCUCUGUUGACUCCUGAAUCAGAUUUUCAGUGGGACUCAGACAAUAAAUUAAGAUUAAUGGAUCCGGUAAGACACUUAAAAGGUUCCUUGAAACAACCUCUUAGGAAUGCAGCAACGCGAACAUUUCAUGACCCAAAUGCAAUCUACAGUGAACUUAUUCUGUGGCGUGUGGACCCAAUAGGACCUUUGUCAUACACUGGAGGAGUAUCAGAGUUGGCACGAAUUAACUCUUUACAUACUUCUGCCUUCUCUAAUGUUGCUUGGCUUCCAACUCUUAUUCCCAGUUAUUGUCUUGGCACAUACUGUAAUUCUGCAAGUGCUUGCUUUGUUGCUUCCGAUGGCAAAAAUCUGAGGCUCUACCAAGCUGUGGUAGAUGCUAGGAAAUUAUUGGAUGAACUGUCAGAUCCCGAAUCUUCAAAACUUAUUGGGGAAGUGUUUAAUAUUGUGAGCCAACAGUCUACCGCUCGACCUGGCUGCAUUAUUGAACUCGAUGCGAUAACCGACCAAUGUGGCUCAAAUACACAGUUGCUGCAUGUGUUUCAAGAAGACUUCAUUAUAGGAUAUAAACCACAUAAGGAAGAUACAGACAAAAAGGAGACAGAAAUAUUUUUUCAGCCAUCGCAAGGAUAUCGUCCACCACCAUUUUCAGAAAAAUUCUUUCUGGUAGUAAUUGAAAAGGACAGCAAUAAUUGCUCUAUUCUCCAUAUGUGGCACCUUCAUCUUAAAUCUGUACAGGCAUGUUUGGCUAAAGCUUCAGAAGGUGUUUCUUCAGAGAGUCUGCUUUCAGUCCCUGGACAGAAGACUGUAGACUCUUCUCCAGAAACCUCUCCCAGUGUGAGCCCAAUGCCACAUUCUUCCUCAAUUGCCAACCUUCAAACUGCUAGUAAACUGAUUCUGAGUUCUAGACUGGUAUAUAGCCAACCUCUUGAUCUCCCAGUCGGAGUUGAAGUAAUAAGAGCAACACCUUCAGCAGGCCAUCUGAGUUCCUCUUCAAUUUAUCCAGUGUGCCUUGCACCUUAUUUAGUGGUUACAACUUGUUCUGACAAUAAAGUACGCUUCUGGAAAUGUAGUAUGGAAACCAACCCACAAUGUAAAAGAGACGAGAAGGAAACCUAUCAUUGGAGGAUAUGGCCCUUGAUGAAUGAUGAAGGAGAAGAUAAUAGCAGUACAGUGAGCAUUGUGGGAAGGCCGGUUGCUGUUAGCUGUUCAUACACGGGUCGGCUUGCAGUGGCUUACAAACAACCUAUCCACCACAAUGGCUUUGUUUCUAAAGAAUUUUCCAUGCAUGUUUGCAUAUUUGAAUGUGAAUCUACAGGAGGGUCAGAAUGGGUUUUAGAACAAACAAUUCAUCUUGAUGAUUUGGUCAAAGUCGGGAGUGUCCUUGAUUCAAGGGUCAGUGUCGACAGUAAUCUCUUUGUGUACAGCAAAUCAGAUGCGCUUUUGAGCAAGGAUAGAUAUCUUAUUCCAAAUAUCAAACAUUUAGUACAUUUAGACUGGGUAUCAAAAGAAGAUGGCUCCCACAUUCUCACAGUGGGAGUUGGUGCUAACAUCUUCAUGUAUGGGCGGCUUUCAGGGAUUGUGACUGAGCAGAUCAAUAGUAAGGAUGGUGUAGCUGUCAUCACUUUACCACUUGGUGGAAGUAUCAAGCAAGGAGUUAGGUCAAGAUGGGUUCUCCUUCGAUCUAUAGACUUAGUGUCUUCUGUUGACGGUACACCUUCACUGCCUGUUUCUCUUUCUUGGGUAAGAGAUGGGAUAUUGGUGGUAGGAAUGGAUUGUGAAAUGCAUGUAUAUGCACAGUGGAAGCAUGCUGUCAAAUUUGGAGACAUUGAAGCUGAUGGUCCUGAUGGAGAAGAGACAGCAAUACAAGAUCAUUCUGUCUUUAAAUCUAAUAUGUUGUCAAGGAAAAGUAUUGUUGAAGGAACAGCUAUUGCUGAUGAUGUUUUUUAUUCACCGACUGUAGUUCAGGAUGGUGGCUUAUUUGAGGCUGCACAUGUACUUUCCCCUACACUGCCGCAGUAUCACCCAACCCAGCUGUUAGAAUUGAUGGACCUGGGGAAAGUCCGCCGGGCUAAAGCUAUUCUCUCUCAUUUAGUAAAAUGUAUUGCAGGUGAAGUUGCAGUAGUUAGAGAUGCUGAUGCUGGAGAAGGAACUAAGCGACAUCUUUCUCGAACCAUUAGUGUAAGUGGCAGUACAGCAAAGGAUACAGUCACCAUAGGGAAAGAUGGUACUCGAGAUUAUACUGAGAUAGAUUCUAUUCCUCCACUACCAUUAUAUGCAUUGCUUGCUGCUGACCAAGAUACAACAUACAGAAUUUCAGAAGAAAGUACAAAAAUACCACAGAGCUAUGAAGAUCAUACAGAGAGACAACCAGAGGAUCAGUAUUCAGAGCUGUUCCAAAUCCAGGAUAUAACAACGGAUGAUAUCGACUUAGAGCCAGAAAAGAGAGAAAACAAAUCAAAAGUAAUAAACCUUUCUCAAUAUGGACCAGCUUACUUUGGCCAAGAACAUGCUAGGGUACUUUCAAGUCAUCUUAUGCACUCAAGUCUACCAGGCCUUACCCGUUUGGAGCAGAUGUUCCUUGUAGCUCUGGCUGAUACAGUGGCUACCACCAGUACUGAGCUUGAUGAAAACAGAGAUAAGAGUCACUCAGGAAGAGACACAUUAGAUGAGUGUGGUUUACGGUACUUACUAGCUAUGCGUUUGCACACCUGCCUUUUGACAUCUCUGCCUCCUUUAUACCGAGUUCAGCUACUUCACCAAGGUGUAUCUACUUGCCAUUUUGCCUGGGCUUUUCAUUCUGAGGCUGAGGAAGAAUUGAUUAAUAUGAUUCCGGCAAUUCAGAGAGGGGACCCACAGUGGUCUGAGCUAAGAGCUAUGGGAAUAGGUUGGUGGGUCAGGAAUAUUAACACCCUUCGAAGAUGCAUUGAAAAGGUUGCCAAAGCUUCUUUUCAAAGGAACAAUGAUGCCUUGGAUGCUGCACUAUUCUACCUUUCAAUGAAGAAGAAAGCAGUGGUGUGGGGUCUGUUUAGGUCACAGCAUGAUGAAAAAAUGACAGCAUUUUUCAGCCACAACUUUAAUGAAGAUAGAUGGCGUAAAGCUGCUUUGAAAAAUGCUUUUUCCUUACUUGGAAAACAACGAUUUGAACAAUCUGCUGCUUUUUUCUUGUUAGCUGGUUCAUUGAAAGAUGCCAUUGAGGUAUGUCUUGAAAAAAUGGAAGAUAUCCAGUUAGCCAUGGUUAUUGCCCGUUUAUAUGAAUCUGAUUUUGAGACUUCAUCCACUUAUAUAUCCAUCCUAAAUCAGAAAAUUUUGGGUUGCCAAAAGGAUGGCUCAGGAUUUGAUUGCAGAAGGUUACAUCCUGAUCCUUUCCUGCGUAGUCUUGCCUAUUGGGUAAUGAAAGAUUAUACGCGAGCCCUGGACACGUUACUGGAACAAACACCAAAGGAAGAUGAUGAACAGCAAGUUACCAUCAAAUCAUGUAACCCAGUGGUGUUUAGUUUCUACAACUACCUUCGAACUCAUCCUUUGCUUAUUCGGAGAAACCUUGCCUCCCCUGAAGGAACUUUGGCAACCUUAGGUCUCAAAACUGAGAAGAACUUCGUUGAUAAAAUUAACCUCAUAGAAAGAAAAUUAUUCUUUACCACAGCAAAUGCUCAUUUUAAAGUUGGAUGCCCUGUUUUAGCCUUGGAGGUACUCUCCAAAAUUCCAAAAGUUACCAAAAUGUCUGCCUUACCAUCAAAAAAAGAUCAGCCUGACUUUGUUUCUAAAAAGAUGGAUGAUGUACCUUCAGAAUCAAAAACUCUGAGUGAAGGUGAUAGAAGUGCUGGCGUUGAUUGGUCAAACGUAACUUCAUCAGAGUUUGACUGGAGUCAGCCAAUAGUAAAAGUUGAAGAGGAACCUCUUACUCUUGAUUGGGGUGAAGAGCAUGAUAGUGCCUUAGAAGACGAAGAAGAUGCGGUUGGUUUAGUAAUGAAAAGUACAGAUGUUGGGGAAAAAGAUAGAGAAGAAGAUCAGAAAGCCUCAGAUCCUAAUGUGUUAUUGACACCUCAGGAAGAGAAUUGUCUUGAAGUUGAUACUGAAGUUGAUGUGAUUGCUGAGCAACUAAAAUUCAGAGCUUGUUUAAAAAUCCUUAUGACUGAACUAAGAACAUUGGCUACAGGUUAUGAAGUAGAUGGAGGAAAACUCAGGUUUCAACUCUAUAACUGGCUUGAAAAGGAAAUUGCUGCCUUGCAUGAGGUGUGUAACCAUGAAUCAGUUAUUAAAGAUUAUGCCAGUAAAACAUAUUCCAAAGUAGAGAGUGAUCUUCUGGAACAGGAAGAAAUGGGGGACAAACCAGAUAUUGGUUCCUAUGAGCGGCACCAAAUAGAAAGACGAAGAUUGCAGGCUAAACGAGAGCAUGCAGAAAGACGGAAGUUGUGGUUGCAGAACAAUCAAGAUCUCCUCAGAGUUUUUCUUAGUUACUGUAGCCUUCAUGGGGCUCAAGGUGGUGGUCUGGCCUCAGUAAGGAUGGAACUCAAAUUUUUGCUACAAGAAUCACAGCAGGAAACAACAGUGAAACAGCUUCAGUCUCCACUGCCACUGCCUACCACCCUGCCUCUGCUUUCAGCAAGUAUUGCUUCUACCAAAACAGUCAUAGCUAAUCCUGUGUUGUACCUAAAUAAUCACAUCCAUGAUAUACUUUAUACUAUUGUUCAGAUGAAAACACCACCUCAUCCCACUGUUGAAGAUGUGAAGGUGCACACACUUCAUUCACUAGCAGCAUCACUUUCUGCAUCAAUUUACCAAGCAUUAUGUGACAGUCAUAGCUACAGCAGUCAGACAGAAGGAAACCAGUUUACAGGAAUGGCUUAUCAAGGGCUUCUUUUAAGUGAUCGUCGGAGACUAAGGACAGAAAGCAUUGAAGAACAUGCAACACCAAAUUCUUCUCCUGCUCAAUGGCCUGGUGUGAGUUCACUUAUUAACCUCUUGAGUUCAGCCCAAGAUGAAGACCAGCCAAAACUGAAUGUUUUGUUGUGUGAAGCUGUUGUUGCUGUGUACUUAAGUUUAUUGAUACAUGCUCUUGCCACAAAUUCCUCCAAUGAACUGUUUCGACUUGCAGCCCAUCCAUUAAAUAAUCGAAUGUGGGCUGCAGUUUUUGGAGGAGGUGUGAAACUUGUUGUGAAACCUCAGAGACAAUCAGAAAAUAUUUCAGCACCUCCUGUUCCUUCUGAAGACAUAGAUAAACACCGUAGGAGAUUUAACAUGCGAAUGCUGGUCCCUGGAAGGCCUGUAAAGGAUGCUACCCCACCACCAGUGCCUGCAGAAAGGCCGUCUUACAAAGAAAAGUUUAUUCCUCCUGAACUUAGUAUGUGGGAUUAUUUUGUUGCAAAGCCAUUUCUUCCUUUGUCUGAUAGUGGAGUUAUAUAUGAUUCUGAUGAAAGCAUUCAUAGUGAUGAAGAAGAAGAUGAUGCUUUUUUGUCAGAUACACAGAUACAGGAGCACCAAGACCCUAACUCCUAUAGCUGGGCUCUUCUACAUUUGACAAUGGUUAAGUUAGUACUUCACAAUGUUAAGAAUUUCUUUCCCAUUGCUGGAUUGGAAUUCUCUGAGUUGCCUGUAACAUCACCAUUAGGUAUUGCUGUGAUUAAAAACUUGGAGAAUUGGGAACAGAUCUUGCAAGAGAAAAUGGAUCAGUUUGAAGGUCCCCCUCCCAACUAUAUCAACACAUAUCCAACUGACCUUUCAGUAGGAGCUGGACCAGCUCUCCUUCGAAAUAAAGCGAUGCUGGAACCUGAAAAUACUCCAUUCAAAUCCCGGGAUUCCUCUGCACUUCCAGUCAAACGACUUUGGCAUUUCCUGGUUAAACAAGAAGUCCUUCAAGAGACGUUCAUUAGAUAUAUUUUCACUAAGAAAAGAAAGCAGAGUGAGUCUAUAGAAGAACAUGUGGAGCAGGUCAAACAAAACUGCAGCGUAGCAGAAGAUUGCCACAUCAAGGUUGAAGCAGAUCUGGGCUAUCCAGGGGGAAAAGCAAAAAUCAUUCAUAAGGAAUCAGAUAUGAUCAUGGCAUUUUCCAUUAAUAAGGCAAACUGUAAUGAAAUUGUUUUGGCUUCAACACAUGAUGUACAAGAACUUGAUGUUACCUCUCUACUGGCCUCUCAGGCAUACAUUUGGAUUGGAGAAGAAUAUGACAGAGAAUCCAAAAGUUCAGAUGAUAUUGAUUAUCGUGGUUCCACUACAACUCUUUAUCAACCCAAUGCAGCAUCCUAUUCAGCAAGUCAGGUGCAUCCACCUUCAUCUCUGCCGUGGCUGGGCAGUGGACAGACUAGCACUGGAGCUAGUGUGCUGAUGAAAAGGAAUCUACAUAAUGUUAAGAGAAUGACCUCACACCCAGUCCAUCAGUACUAUCUUACAGGUGCUCAGGAUGGCAGUGUGCGAAUGUUUGAAUGGACACGACCUCAGCAACUUGUCUGUUUCCGCCAAGCUGGCAAUGCAAGAGUUACCAGAUUGUAUUUCAAUUCACAAGGCAACAAGUGUGCUGUUGCAGAUGGAGAGGGUUUUCUGAGUAUCUGGCAAGUAAACCAAACUGCAUCAAAUCCCAAACCUUACCUAAGUUGGCAGUGCCACAGUAAAGCCACAAGUGACUUUGCAUUUGUUACCUCCUCAAGUCUAGUUGCCACAUCUGGACAGUCCAAUGACAAUAGAAAUGUGUGCCUGUGGGACACAUUGAUAUCACCUGGAAACAGCCUCAUUCAUGGUUUCACGUGCCAUGAUCACGGUGCCACGGUGCUCCACUAUGCACCAAAACAGCAACUCCUCAUAUCUGGAGGCAGGAAAGGCCACAUCUGCAUUUUUGACAUCAGGCAGAGGCAGCUGAUUCACACAUUCCAGGCACAUGACUCCGCUAUUAAGGCGCUGGCUCUCGAUCCCUGUGAGGAAUAUUUUACCACAGGUUCAGCAGAAGGUAACAUCAAGGUUUGGAGAUUGACAGACCAUGGCCUAAUUCAUUCAUUUAAAAAUGAACAUGCUAAACAGUCCAUAUUCAGAAACCUUGGGGCUGGAGUCAUGCAGAUAGACAUCACCCAGGGCAACCGGAUCUUCUCCUGUGGGGCAGACGGGACACUGAAAACGAGGGUUUUGCCUAGUGCUUUUAACAUUCCUCAUAGAAUUCUUGACAUUCCAUAAACUUAGGGAUUGGGGCUUUAUUUUUAUAAGCAUUUCAAUUAAAAAACACACUGCAGAAAUUAUUAGGCAUUUCUGCUUUCCAAGCUGUUAUUAACACAUUGAAAACAAUACAGAGAAUCUCUGUGUAGAAUUUGAAUCUGAUCCAAGCUGAGCGUUAGGCUAAGUUUUGCCUAUGUGGGAGGGUAGAAUGACUAUGCAUGUACCUUUCAUCAUGCUGACAUACCGAAAUAAAAUAGCACCUACUAUCAUAUCAAGGGUAGCUAUUCUUUACAGCAUUUAGCAAACCUGACUCAGAGCACAUAUGAGGUUAGACAUUAGCAUACCAGUAAGUUAUAAUAAAGAGAAGGAUCUUUAUACCAAAUUAAGAAAGAAAAUAUUGCAGAUUCAGGUUUUUUCUUCUUCUUUCCACUGAUCGAAGCAUGUCUGCAGUCUCCUUUGUUGAAGGCAGGAUAGUCAUAGGAGUUAAAGCUCCACAGCAUAACUUUGGAGGAGUGUGCAGGGACUAGUUCUCUGCUGGGAGAGGUCCUUCCCAUUCUUCCCUGCUGAGUAUUUUUCCUGUUAGUGUUUAUACUGAGCUAGUACUGUAACUUGCAAAUGAGUGCAAAUUUAAAUGCAAUGUUUUCCUCACAAUUUGCACAUUUCACAUUUUUUGGACUGCUAGUUUUUCUAUUUAAAUAUUUGCCUUCAUGUUAGGAAUGUAAUAUGUGGACAUGACAUAUUUGUAGUUAACUGGAACAUACCAAGUCAAUACUUCUUUUCUUAGUCCAGUUUAGUACCUUUUCUUUUCAUGUAUUCAAGGUUAAACACCAACCACAUUUUAAGGCUAAGUUGAAACUAAACCAAUAGAGCAUUUCUUAUAAUGAAAAUGAAUGUUAGGCUUUUUGUGGCCAGUUAAUAGCUGAUGAGAUUGGUGAUAUUAUUUAUUACCACAGCCUAUUGUAUAAACUAUGCAGAGUUAAUUAUUAUUUGCUUGAAAAAUAUUAGCCAGUGUUGUCAUAUUUUGAUGUACUUCCUUGGUUAUGACCAAAAAAUAUGUUCUUAAAAUACUGAAACCGAUGUCUGUGUGUUUAAAUGUUUACCAGCAAAUUGUCUCAUCAUGUUAAUGAGAAUGUUUAAUGCCUUUGUGGUAAAUAGUAAAAUAUAAUGGCAUAAAAGCACCUUUCUCUGAAGGCAAUGUGAUGUUUGGGCUGUGAAAUACAUAUGUAAAAGAAAAAUAAAUGUUAUUUGUUAAUGAGUUUUACCUCAA